UGUGCGCGUGUGUUUCCCGUUCUCGUCCCCGCAGUUUGUCCUGGUGGCUAGAGGAGCCGCCGGAAGUUCGCCUAGAAUCCCGGGAGCCUCGCCUCUAGGCACUUCCUGCUUUGUAAACAUUUUUGUCCUCACCUGUUCUCCUUAUGUCGACCCUCCCCUAUGCACUUGAGAUUGCGCAGCGCAUGUAGGGACCGAGACUGACCUGAGGAGUGGGAGACCUGGACCCGAGAUCUAGAGAGAUAAGAGGGAGCCGGGGUUGGGGAGGGAGAUGGGAAAGAUGGGGAAAGAAGCUUGGGGGCAUUGGUGCUCCGCCCAGCCGGAGGAAUGAGCUUCUUUGAAGGAUUGGAAAGAAGCAGAGUUCCGGGCUGGAAUUGUGCGACAAGUGGGUCUUUUCUCCCCAUUUCCCUCGGGAAUGCGAGGCCUAGAAUUCAUCCUGAAGUUACAUUCUCUUUUGUGAGUUGUGUCCAAGUCCUCGUGAUCCCAUUUGGAGUUUUUUUGGCAAAGAUUCUGGAGUGGUUUGUCAUUCCUUUCUCCAACUCAUUUUAUGAAUGAGGAAACAGCUUUUUCCAGAAAUGUAUUCAGGUAAUCAACCUAAGUCUAAAGAGAAUUGACUCUGCUGGGAAUGCAGAUUUGAAGUCCAUCCUGAUAAUCCCAUUUAAAAGAUGCUGGCCCUGAAUAAGAUGACAAUCUCCUUAAACACCCCAAACCUGGUUAUACAUCACCAAAACAGGGGCCUGAAAGUAGAUGCCUCCCGGGAUCAGGUAAUCACCCUAGGACGAGAAAAAAAUUUUGAUCUAGAGACUUCUCGCCAGAGCUUCAGGUAUUUUCCAUACCCAGAGAAGGCUGGGCCCAGAGAGGCUGUGAACCAGCUUUGGGAACUCUGCCUUCAGUGGCUAAGGCCAGAAAUUCACACAAAGGAACAGAUCCUGGAGCUGCUGGUGCUGGAGCAAUUCCUGACCAUCCUGCCCAGUGAGAUCAGGAUUUGGGUGAAGUCACAGUGUCCAGAGAAUAUUGAGGAAGUGGUCUGCUUGGUGGAAGAUUUGACCCAAACCUUUGAGGAGGAAGCUUCAUGUUCUUAUGAUUCUUCUCAUCUUCAAGAAGAAAACACAGAGAAGGAAGAAAUGUUCCCAGUAACAAAAUUUCUGGAAUCAGUGACAUUCAAGGAUGUGGCUCCUGAUUUCACUUGGGAAGAGUGGGAGCAACUGGAACCUGUUCAGCAGGACCUCUGCAAGGAUGUGCUUUUGGAGAACUAUAGGAACUUAGUUUUUCUUGGGCUUUCAACUUCCAAACCAAAUAUGACCUCACAGAUGGAACAUAUGGAAGUGCCAUGGAUGCUGGAUUGUGAAGAGCCAAGAAGCAUCAGUCUAUACUGGGAUAGUGGACCUGAAGCUAAGGAGUUUUUUUCAAAGUGGGAAUCUUCUAUAGAAGAAUCAUCUCAAGGAGUGAUAAUAAAAAGAAAUAAUUCCUGCAACUUUGAACUGGGAGAAGCCUUCAAAUGUUAUGACAUGUUGGUGAGGCAGCAAGAUCAACAGGAAAAUCAUUUCAAGCUAGGGACAAUCACUCAUGAGGAAAAUCCAAGCCUAGUUAGAGGUUAUAAAAGCAAUGAAUUUGGGAGAAGCUUCAAUCUGAGCUCAAUGUUAAUUACACAACAUAGAAUUCCUUUAGUAAGCAGUCUUUCUAAAUAUGAUAUACAUGGGGAAAGCUUCAGAGAUAAUUCAGAACUAAAUAAAUGUCCAAGAAUCUAUUCAGAAGAGGAAUCUUUGAAGUAUAAAGGAUUUGAGAAAGUUUUCAACCAGGAUUUACAGCUUAAUCUCCAUCAUACUCAACAUUCUAGAGAGAAAUCCUAUAAAUGUAAUGAAUGUGGGAAAGCCUUCACUAAGUGGGCAAAUCUUACGCGACAUCAGAGAAUUCAUUCUGGAGAAAAACCCUUUAAGUGUAAUGAAUGUGGGAAAGCCUUCACCCAGAGAGCACAACUUACCCAACAUCAACUUACCCAUAGUGGAGAGAAACCAUUUAAGUGUUAUGAAUGUGGAAAGGCCUUCACUCAAAGGGCACAUGUAACUCAACAUCAACUUACUCAUAGUGGAGAAAGACCUUAUAAAUGUAAUGAAUGUGGUAAAGCCUUCACCAAUCGAGGAAUACUAACUGAUCAUCAGAGAAUUCAUUCUGGAGAGAAACCCUAUAAGUGCAAUGAAUGUGGGAAAGCCUUUACCAAGAGAGGAAUACUUACUCAGCAUCAGAGGAUUCAUUCUGGAGAGAAACCUUAUAAAUGUAAAGAAUGUGGGAAAGGCUUCAAUAGGAGUACACAUCUUACUUUACAUCAACACACUCAUAAUCAAGAGAAACCAUUUAAGUGUAAUGAGUGUGGGAAAGCCUACAGCCAGAUUUCACAGCUCAAUACUCAUCAAAGAGUUCAUUCUGCAGAGAAACCCUAUAAAUGUAAUGAAUGUGGGAAAGCAUAUAGUCAGAUUUCACAGCUCAAAAUUCAUCAAAGAGUUCAUUCUGGAGAAAAACCCUAUAAAUGUAGUGACUGUGGGAAAAGCUUUAACAGGAAAACACAUCUUACAAGGCAUCAGAGAAUUCAUAGUGGAGAGAAGAACCUUGCCCAUAAUAGAGACUUAAUGAAUGUUUAUUGAAUUGAAAAUCAAUUGAAUUGCUUUGUUGAAUUCUAAGUAGCCUAAAUAGCAUUGCCAUAAUUUACAAAACUAGCUACUUUUCAAAAAAGAAAAUGUUAGUCAUGCAUGCUUGAUGAAGUUAUGCUGAUCUUUUAAUAAUUUCUACAUCCUUAUUAUUUUUUAUUAUUAAUUUAAUAAGUACAUACUUUUCUGUCUACAAAGAAAAAAGAUUGUGUAGAACACUGCUAAUCUCUGUUAUGGAUAAUGUUUUCAAGUAUAUAUUAAAUUUAAUAUUGCACUACUAGUAUAGCUGUGUGUCAUGUAUUCCUUUCUGAGCUUUCUUUAUGUAUUUUUUCUAGUAUUUUUAUUGACAUGUUUGUCUUUUACCUCUCUUUUUUUUUGUGGCAUAAUCAGUACCCUUCCACUUGUUCCAAUUCACUCACCUUAAAUAAAAACCCUCUCUUAUAAAAAAUAUAGUCAAAUAAAAUAAAUCUAUACAUUAUUCAUUUUUGAAAGUGUAUGUUUCCAAUUGUACAAAAAAUCAAGCCAUUCUCCAAUUGACAAAUGGGCAAGGGACAUGAACAGGCAGUUCGCAGCCAAAGAAAUCAAAACUAUUAAUAAGUACAUGAAAAAGUGCUCUACAUCUCUUAUAAUCAGAGAGAUGCAAAUCAAAACAACUCUGAGGUAUCACCUCACACCUAGCAGAUUGGCUAACAUGACAGCUAUGGAAAGUAAUGAAUGCUGGAGGGGAUGUGGCAAAGUGGGGACACUAAUACAUUGCUGGUGGAGUUGUGAAUUGAUCCAACCAUUCUGGAGGGCAAUUUGGAACUAUGCCCAAAGGGUGAUAAAAGACUGUCUGCCCUUUGAUCCAGCUAUAGCACUGCUGGGUUUGUACCCCAAAGAGAUAAUAAGGAGAAAGACUUGUACAGGAAUAUUCAUAGCUGCAUUCUUUGUGGUGGCCAAAAAUUGGAAAACGAGGGGAUGCCCGUCAAUUGGGGAUGGCUGAACAAAUUGUGGUAUAUGUUGGUGAUGGAAUACUAUUGUGCUAAAAGGAAUAACAAAGUGGAGGAAUUCCAUGGAGACUGGAACAACCUCCAGGAAGUGAUGCAGAGCGAAAGGAGCAGAACCAAAAAAACAUUGUACACAGAGACUGAUACAUUGUGGUACAAUCGAAGGUGAUGGACUUCUCCAUUAGUGUCAAUGCAAUGUCCCUGAACAAUCUGCAGGGAUCUAAAAAAUACUAUCCACAAGCAGAGGAUAAACUGUGGGAGUAAAAACACCGAUGAAAAGCAACUGCUUGACUACAGGGUUGGAGGGGAUAUGACUGAGGAGAGACACUAAAUGAACACAAUAAUGCAAAUUCCAACAACAGGGAAAUGGGUUCGAGUCAAGAACACAUGUGAUAACCAGUGGAAUCGUGCGUCGGCUAUGGGAGAGGGAAAGGUGGGGGAAGGGGGGAGGGGAGGAAAAGAAAAUGAUCUUUGUUUCCAGUGAAUAAUGUAUGGAAAUGACCAAAUAAAAUAAUGUUUAAAAUUAAAAAAAAAA